UCCCCCACAAUCCCUUUGAUUUUCCAUCUCCCUCUCAUUUUUCUUCCUCUUUGAACCAAAAUCCCCUGUCAUUGGUCAAAGGGAAGAAGAAACAAUCAUGGCUUUCUUCACCACCCGCCUCGCCGCAUUGCUUAUCUCUCUCUCCGUCGUCCUCUCCGCCGCCUCCGCAACCGACCUAUCCUCCUACUUGGAGGGAUUCAAGGACCAUUUCAGGUUCCUGCACAGCAUCGUCCCAAAGGAAGAGCAGGCCAAGGACUGCCAGUAUCUUACCGAGCAAAUGACCGCUGCCGUAAAACAGGUGGAGCAGUUCUCGGCGACCGCAGUGGCGAAGCGGUUAAAGGAUCCCCCGACCGACGAUUGCGCUAAGAAGGCCCUUCUCCUGUGCGAGGAGGCGUACAAGAAGGCCGUGGAGAUGUUGAAGAAGGGGGUGGAGAGCGUCUCCGCCGGAGACUUCGUUCAGGCGAAGAAGAAUUCACGCACGUUCAUUAAUUACAUCAAUGCCUGCGACGACAGCUUCGGCGAGUUUCGGAAUUUCGGCGACUGGGCAAGGGGCGUCGGCGAUGACUGUCUUGGCAAGAUUGUCAAAUACGUUUAGAAAUCAUGAUUAUUUCAAAAUUAUAAUCGAGGGAGAUGCUAUUUGUUAUAUGUUCAUUUUUUCUCAUCAUAUUAUGAAAUAACAUUUUUCUCUAUUGAACAAUAAUUACUCUA